CUCAUAACAAUAUUUUUUUCGUUGGAUUGGAUGCAUGAAUGUCAUUGGUUUUGCAACAACACAAAUGGCCAGACAAUAUUCGAUCGUUGUAUGGAAUGCUUAAGUUGGAGGGGACAACACUGUUUUCAGUGCUUUGAACUAUGA